GGGACGGGUUUCUCGGUCCCACUCUAGAGCGUCGGCUUUCUCUCUUCGUGUGCUGGUCGAACGCGCAGAUGGGAUUGGACCUUUGGCUCUUCCCUUUCUUCGAGCAAAUCCUUCGGUGGAACUAGUCCCGGUACACUGGUCGUCGAACGAGGAGCGCCUCUUAGCGAAGUGGGACGUAAACUGUACAGAAAGAAGAGAAACCCCCUUAGUGCCAUCAGCCGUCGUUCGUCGUUUCCGGAGAAAGUGGCCACUUUCGGAACAUCCUGGUGCGUGACCAUCCGCAUGACAGUAUCGAAAUUGUGGAACCUAACCUAGAAAAGUGGCAAUCAAAUCUGCAGAGUACCAGUGUAACAAAAAUGGCGAUCUACCAUCGUAGCAGGCCAAGUGUAUAGAGUUGCUGCUACAAGGGAAGGAAAAUAGAUGUGGAGCUUUGAGAAGAUUUUUUCCUCCAUUCAGUGAUAGAUAUUCGAGAAGCAGUAUCGAAGUAAUAAUAGUAGUGGUAUUUCAUAAAGUGGCACUAGCACAGUGGAGUCGAAGAAGUGGAAGCACAGUGGAAAAAAAGUCUCGUUCGCUUCCUUCGAAGAACUUUGUUCGUUCAUUCGUGGUGUUCAUGUGUGUACGGGUAUAAGGAAAAAAAGUAGCUCCCUGUGUAUGUGUUGAAGUGAAAAAAGCGAAACUUUGACAGUUCGCUGGAGCAACAAUUCGAAAAAGAAGAAGUCCCAUCCAUACAUUGUACAAUAUCAGCGGCCAAGGAAUACAUAGCAGAAGCAGCAGCAGCGGAGUGACACCUUUUCUCAUAAUCUUCGAACGGCGGAAGUAUUAUGCUACAAAAUGGAAGCAGCAGGUAUGCUUCACACAUUUUCUAUGACAGUUAUCAGGAUUCACGUUACAUGUAUAAAAAUCUUCAACAAUGAACCGCACAGCACAACAACAGCAGCAGCAGCAAAAGUGUACAAUUUAUUCUCAUAAAUGUGCCUUAACGAUUAGAUGAUUCGGUGCCAACGGUGCUUAAUCAGACGUUAAACGCGAGGAGCGAAAAUGAAAUCAUUGUUAGAUUCCAGGUGAUGGAAACUGGAGUACGACAUCGUUGAAAAACCAUACCCACAAGAAGCAGAAGAAGAAAGCACAACUCUUAAGCAAAGAAGAAAGGAAAACCCGUUUCGGAAGACGGAGAAAGGGAGGAAAGCAUCACUUACUACAGAUAUUGAUAGAAGCUUAGAGCAGACACCUAGAUAGAUGAUCAUCGCACACGCGUAGCUGGUACGCGAUUAAAACAACAAAAAAGGAUCGUUAAUGUUUUCGGAAAUUAUUGUGAUAUACCAGCAGCCAGCAGCAAAGCUUGGACCGAUAGGGAAAAAUCCAUUCUAUCGGCAACAACACACAGAACUUCCCCUCCCACACAUCGCAAAGUUAGAUGCCCAAUAAGGUGUCACACCCACGCCCCCAGCAGCUCCUCCUAUGGCAUAAUCGGUCCGUCGACCAGAUAGAUAUUGAUGGUUGAUGAUAAUACCCGACGCUACUAAAAGCUGAUCAUCAUAAUCCAACCGGGAGGCAGCGCCACACCGAACGAAAAAAAAGCUAAACAACUAAGCGGCAACACACUUCAAAAGUGCGUCCGUGUCGUGAAUCAACAAUAUACACAACAUAGAUUGUGUGAGCUCUAUCUAGUAGAGAGACGUGUGUGAUAAAGUACAACCCCUAGUAAGGUAGUGGUCGUACCGGUAGUAUUAGAGAGCUAGCUUCCAGUACUACCAGUAGAGACAGCAGAAGCAGCAGCAGCAGCAAACCUAAACCCACUGGCCCUGGGCUCCAUAUAAUGGACGAGGACAGCAUUGUGAUAUACCGAGCGAUCGCCAGCUACAAUUCCGUCAAUGCCGAUGAACUCAGCUACCAGAAGGAGGAUCUCGUGGAGGUCCUGGUACCAAAGUCGGGAGCCCUCUGGUACAAGGCGAGCAACGUGCGAACCAAGAAGAGUGGAUUCGUGCAGUUACAUAAUUUGGCACGAUGCGAUGGCAAUAGCAUGACAACUUCCUCCUCAUCUCACUACCUACCCGUAACCGGUUUGGUGGCAGACAAUUCCAGUACUACUCCUACGGGUACAUCAAGUCAAACGACCACCGGCGGCAGCAGCAGUACCACCACAAUCAUCAGCCAUGAACCGACGACGAUCGGUGAAAAUUCUCCCACCGGCGGCACGACGACGCAGACGACGACAUCGGCUCCAACGACGGUCACCACGGUCGUCGAUACCAUGGCCAAACUGACGUUGACCAAGUCCAAAGACAUAGCGUUGAACCUAACGCUGGAAGACAUCUACGUGCCCUGUGUCAAUCCGAGCACCGGAACGGGUUUGGUUAAUAAAGUGGAUGAAUUUAGUAAUAAAAACAUUAACAAAUGUCACACGACCGUACCUGUUUAUUUUGUAACUCCUAUUAUCUGUUCACUUUGUCGAGACUACAUCUGGGGACUCGGAUUGCAAGGCCGGCAAUGUAGACAGUGUUGGUCGUGUUUCCACAUCAAAUGUUUACCGUUAGCCAUUCACGAAAUGUGCCAAAGAAAUAACGACAUCUAUCCGAAGAAGCCGACCACGUUCACCAACGAAAAGUCAAUUAACGAAUGGACGUCAGCGAACGUUUUGGAAUGGAUGGCCGCCAACAAUUUGUACACCUACGCGGACGUGUUCAAAGCGAAAGAUAUCAAAGGCUGUGAUUUAUCGAACUUGGAUCGUGAUAAACUAGGACAAAUGGGUAUUAAGAAUGAAUUCCAUCAGCAAACUAUCCUGGUGUCCAUCAACGAUCUGCUGGUGAGUGCGGAGAAACCGAUCCAGACCGGUGAAGAUGGCGUCGUUGGCGGUGGAGGAGAGCUGAUCCUGGAAAAACACUCGCACGAACUGGUGGAUCAUUCGUUUUCGAAGCUGGUAAAAUGUGAUAAGUGUCAGCAGUAUUUGCGCGGGCUGAUACAUCAGGGGCUGCUCUGCAAGCAGUGUAAUCUCAUCGUGCAUCGGCAGUGCUCGGCCACCGGGCUGAAACCGUGCGCCGUAGAGGCUGCGACCGGCAAUCAGACCGGGCUGAUCCUGACCGCUUCCGGAGGCCGAGCCCAGCAGGUGUUCGGGCUCGGUCUGUGUCAACAGUUCAAUGCAGCGGAACUUCCGGCGCCCCAGAUCGUCAUAAUACUCUGCAACGAGCUCGAACAGAAGGCAAUGUGCAACACGAAUCUGAACCUGUACAAACUGUACCGGACGACGCCGCCGAACUACGACGAGGUGAACAAGCUGCGUGAUUCGCUCAACGAGAAUCUUAUCAACACCGAUCUCAGCGGGUUCUCGCCCGAGUGCGUCGCCACGGUGCUGAAGAAGUUCCUGCGGGAGCUGCCGGAUCCGAUCAUACCGGUCAUGUUCUACGACAAGUUUGUGGAAACGUCGAAUAUCGCCAACGAUGCGGUGGCGAUCGAACAGCUCCGGAUGCACAUCCAAGAUCUGCCCGUGUACCACAACAUGACGCUCAAGUACAUCAUGAUCCAUCUGAUACGAAUCUGCCGGUUGCAGUAUCAGCGCGGGCUGAAGGAGCAACCGACGAUACUGAUACAAGUGUGGUGCCAUAUACUGAUGCGACCUCCAUGGGAGAAAAUUGUUCAAAUCGUGUAUAACACGGAAAACCACUUACGAAUAAUGGAGCUGCUGCUCUACAAGCUGGACUGGAAGGAGAAGCUGCCGGAGUUCUUGUCGGCGCCAGUAGUGCCCCCGCGGAAGAUCUCCCGCAGUACUACCAGUGCUAGUGCGGCCGCCGUCGGUUCUUCCUCGUCGCUAGUAGGUGGCAACAUCAGCAGCAAUAACGGCGGCAGCAGCAGUCCAUCUACCAGUUUAAAGAAGCCGGUCAUAACGUCGCCAGCCGGCGGAUCUGUGAUACCUGCGGUGGCGCUAGGCGGCGGUAACAACGGCGUCACUAGUAACGGCAGGAAAAAAGGCGUUGGGAGUUUGUCCUGUGACCCCAAUACCCCGGUCGAUCUGCGGGAAGCCGAGUGGUACUGGGGCCGGAUUGGGCGCGACGAGGUCAAGGAGAAGAUGAUGGAUGCUCAGGACGGGUCGUUUUUGGUGCGGGACGCUACGAGCGGCGGUGGCGAGUAUACGUUAACUUUGAAGAAGGACGGUACAGAUCGGGUGAUCAAGAUCUAUCACAGCAUGGGCAAGUACGGAUUUGUCACCCAGGGAAGUCAUAAAAGUGUGGUGGAUCUGAUAAACUUUUACCAGAAGACGUCGUUGAAGGAGUACAAUACGAUUUUAGACAUCCAAUUGCUGUACCCGAUCUCGCGGUUCGACGAUGAUAACUAUUUGGGUGGGGACGUGGACGACGCACAGGACACGCACGGAUUGGCGCAAAAAUUUAUCGAAACCAUGCAGCACCUCAAGGAGCUGCAGCAGGACCAGGAACGGUUGAAGGCUGAAUAUACGGCGGUCCAGUUACAGGUGGAUUUGAAGAAGCAAGCCGAGGAAGCGUUUGCGGAGGCCGAGAAGCUCUUCAAGGAACAGUUGUCGAUCCAGAAUAACUUUGAGAAGGAAGCCCAACCGCACGAGAGGGAAGGUAUCAGCAUAAACAACGCCUUGAUCAAGGAACGAAUGAUUGAGUUGGACAAAUGCAAGACCGAACUGCAGCGUGAUUUGGCCGAAGACAAAAACCGGAAGUGGGCGCUGGAACGGCAGCUUAACACUCUCAACCCGGAGAUAGUGAACGGCAACGCUGUGAAGGAUCGCUUCAUUCAGGAGCUGCAGCGCCAGGGAAUCACCGAAAACCAAAUCGAUCAAAUGCUGAAGGAUGGGUUCUUUUCGUACGCCCAAACCAGCCAGGAGAUGCCGCACACGGACGAAAACACCUGGCUGCGGCCACAGUUCAAUCGGCAAGAUGCGGAGAAGGCACUGGCCGGCAAACCGACCGGGACGUUCCUGAUCCGGGCAGGCAGCGGCGGUCACCAUGCGCUGUCCAUCACCUGCAACGGUACCGUCAACCACUGUAUCGUACACCAGACGGAGCGGGGCUACGGUUUUGCGGAACCGUACAAUAUCUACGACUCGCUCCUGUCGAUGGUGCUGCACUAUGCCAACAACUCCCUGGAGGAACACAACGAUACGCUGCAGACGACCCUCAAGUAUCCGGCCUUUGCGACCACAACGACCAUCAACAGGCAGUCCAAUUAAAAGAAGUUUUGGCGGACGAAGGUAGGAAGGUUAGUUUUGUUGUACCGCGAGAGCAUGAUGGAAGCAAACCAAACGUCGGGGGAGUUUACUUUUUCUUUUGAAUUUUUUCGUUAUAUUUUAUUCCAAAUUCAUUCAACUUAUUGAAUGUGGUGGUUACCCUUUUUUAUCGAGAGCACCCAGUGCAGCAGAAUUGUUUUCCUAUAAUUGUGUGAUUUUUUUAAAAAGAAAAUCAAAAUUAGUUUCUCUAUUUUACCUGCUAUGUUUGAAAUCUCUUUAUUUAUUAUUUACUAGAACAACCUUUGUCGAGGUGAGUGGUGUAGAAAAAAAAAUUCAACUUCAUUGAAAAUAAACUGUUAAUAAAUGGCAUUUUCAAACGCUUCCAAACUUACAACAAAUAGGCGUCUCAUAAAGUAUUCAGAUAGAUGGAUAAAACGAUGGAGAGUUUUGAUUUUUAUCUAAGGGAAUUGGUAAUUGGAAAUAUUUUCUUUUUUAAAGAAACAGAGUGUGAAUUGUUUGUUAUUAUUGAGCAAAAAGUUUUUCUCCUAAUUUGUUUAAACUGAAUUUGAAAUGAAGAACAAACACUUCAUCAGGUUUUUUUUUUAAAUUAUUUCAUUUAAUCAUUUUAAAAUAACAAAGAAACAAAAGAAAAAAAUCGAUAAGCUCCCCCGAUCGUUUUUGUGGUUGCAUUGCACUUAACAUACUUUUCGAAUAAACGGCUCCAGUUAUCCGUGGUCAGUUUCUUGUAUAAACCAUUAACUAUUGUUUAAGAAAAAGAAAAAGAAAGAGAGAGAGCGAGAGUAGGUAGAGUGCGACAUCAAAAGUGCCGACACACACAAAUUAGAAGAAUGAGAAAACCAAAAGAAGAGACCAAUAACUACACAGACACAAUACAAAAGCUUUUACUACUGGAGGUUGGGGUCUCUUCGUUUUAUAGAGGUCUGCUGCUAAUCUCGUUUUUUGGGGAAACGAGAAACUUGAGGAAAGCAACCGCCCGGAUUCGGUGGGGUUCGAUUUGGAAGAAUUUCCCGGAUCCAAAAUACAUACAUACAUACAUAUACAUUUGUAAUUUGUGAAUAAAAUUAAAGAAGAAAAAAAAACCUAAACUAAACUAAACCACACAUAGGAGUUACUUCGAUUGAUUUAAUCAUUUUUUAAACUGUGUUAUAGUAAUCGUAACGAAUAUUCUGUAGGAAGCAAAUCAAUUUUGAAGAAAGAGGAACAGUCAAAUGCGCCCUUGAAGUUUGAAAACAGAAGGGUCAAGUUUAAUAGGAGGAACGAGGAAUCACUCAGAAUAUUGAACAUGAAAAAAAGGAACACAAUAAAAUUGGACACAAACAAACUAAUAACAUAUAAAAAGAAUAAACAAAACAAAAAAGCGUAAUUGUGAAAACAAACAAGUAAAUUAGUAAUCAAAAGAAAUGUGAAGAAAGAUUUUUUAAUUUUAAAACGUUACUUAUAGAGAGAGAGAGAGAGAGAAACGAAACAAAGGAAAACAAAAAACAUUAAAGUAUAGCCUAUAAAAAUAGAAAACGAAUGGAGAGAAGAAGUUGAGGCAGAUGAUCGACAAGAACAGCAAACAAGCAAGGGAAAAUAAGAGGUAGGAUGGAAGAAAUCUAAACACACACACAAGCAUUCGUUUAGUAGGACCGUUAGUUGCUGAAUUUUCGGAAUCAAUUUUUUAGAAAGGACAACAACGAAAAAGCAUACUUUUGGCAGCAAACAUUCAAUAUUUGUGAUUUGGAGUUUUUAGGUUUUUUUUUUGCUCGUCUGGCGGCUUAUUUUUUAAACUCAAUCGAAAAACACUAAAAACAAAUUUAAAUUUAGAAGGGAAAUUACCAAACACAUACAAGAAAACGGUUUCUACAAACAAAAGGCAAACAUUUUUACUACUACCAGCUACCAAUCGUGUUGUUGUGGAGUUUACGUUCCAGAAAUUUUUACGUGUUCUCGUCUCGUGUCUAUAGGAAUCGAAAAAAUUAGGAAGGCGCAGAUCGGCUUACAACCAGUAGGGUACGUACUAUUCAAAUGUGAUUAUGAUUAUGGGAUCCCCCCCGGGGAAAAAAAAACAAGAACGAAACAAAGCUGCGCCCUCGGUGGGGAUUCCCUUAUGGGAGAUUCAACAAAAACAAAAUAAAAGCUUUUUUGAUGAGGUCCAUUUUCUAGCAAACACACAGACAACAACAAAAAAAAACACAUUGGCAGAAACAGACUUGACGAAACAAACAAAACACGUGUACGUACAUAAUAGGUUAUUAUUACAAAUGAUUGUAAUGAGAGGAAAAAAAAGGGAAGAAACCAUUUCCAGAAAUUUUGCUAGAACCAACAACACACAUCUCUAAAAAAAAAUUAUAAGUUCUGAAGAAAAAGUUGGCAGAAAUCAGUCGAGAAGUUGUGGAUGUGAAAAAAAGUCGUUUGAAACGGUAUUGUCGAUCGGUGUUGUACAAUGAUUUGUUUUAUUCAAAAUUUGACUUGACAGAAUCCUGAAGAAAAUUUUUCCUUCAAAUCUUUAACUUUUGUCAAAUUCUUCUUAAAAUUUUCUAGGAAAGAAUUCAAAUAUUGUCAAAUUGGCGCCUCCAAAGAUAUUUACCUGGAUUUAGCACCUUUCAACCCAACCCCCUGGCAACUUGACAGUUCUGGCGAGUUUCGUGUGCCUGAUUCAAAAUCGCAGAUGUCGCAUGUGUACCGCUUGUUUACGUACUUUUCGAGCCAUGCGUAUGGAAAGGGCCCAUCAUCAAAUGUGGUGCGAAUCAGGCAAAUUCAUAACUUUCGAAUGAAUGAAGAAAAGAUUCAACCGAAAUUAUUAUACACAUUCAAUAAUCUACCUAUUCAUUUAUUGUAUAGAAACAGUUUUUCCAUAAAACAAGAAAUGUUCUGCUAUAAUGUGAAAGUUUUACCAUUCUAAAAUUUUUAUAUGUAUCACAGUUUAUGAAAAUCACUUGAUGAUUGUUGUGAUAAUGUUUUGUUUUACAUUUAUUGUGUACGAUUGUCCACAAUAGUUUCGGUGGAAGGGAUACUUGUUCCGAAAAACUGCCGAUUAUCAGUGGAUUAUUUUGAACAGUCCAGAAGUUUUAGACCUAAUAAAUGACACAAAGAUUUACAUCUGUGAGUCGUUUGCAUCGACUUUACUUUUGAAAACAGAUCGUUUUUACAUAACUGAGCUAAAAAUUUUUAAAUUCGAAUAAUUUUUUCAUUUGUUGACUCAAUUGAAAGAGAAUAUAUUUCAAUAUGCGUCCUUCCGACAUGUUAAGUCGCUUGAUUUUCGAUUUGACAGAACCAGAGAACCAGAAAAAACUGGCACACGCGAUUUGUAUGGGAAACGUCAAGUUGCCAGGGGGUUGUUUCAACCUGACCAAGGAAGGGCUGGCAAGUAAAUCGUCUCUGGUGUCGUGAGCAUGUUCGCCAAUGUGUAGGUUCCAGGCCGCCAGUUGUCCAAUCAAAUCCCAUGUGUCUAAAGCCAAUCGGUCUCAUUGUGUAAGUGUCUUUGAAAAUCGCCAUCACCAAUCGUAGCAUUGGCUGAGUGUGGUUGUUGAAAGUCAUCAUUAACUGCAACGGUUGCUAAUUCGAUAGUACAACAAUGAGACGCUCAAUAUUGGGGUGUCGCGGAUUCGGGUCCCACGUUGGGCGCCAAAUGAAAAUUUUUGAUGUUAUCCUCUUCUUAUCAUCGAAUGAUCGAUCUGGUAGCCGACGCUAUUGGCCCAUUUCUUACACGAGCUGGAUCAAUUGAGUUGUAUUGCGUGCUUCCACACGACACUUGCAAUGUCCGACUGUUUGUUCCUUGGAUAAGUACAGUAUUUUGUUCAACACUUCCGAAUCCCGUUGCUCAUUUAGGGUUUAUCUUCAUGUAGGAAUCUUUAAAGAAAAAAUUAGAAUUUAGACAGAAUGCUUUUCGAAAUUGUAUCGAAUGAAAACUAAAAGUAUAAAAUUAGUGGGAAGGGACUUACGUGUGAUUUCCGCUUUGAUCGUUUAGCAUUCUUGAUGGAAUUUUGUACAUGCUCUAGCCUUCAGUAGGCGAUUUCAGGGAUGAUCCGGGUUCGACUGCCUAAAGUGGUCGGAAUUCUGGAGCUCCGAUCUGCACCUCAGGAGCGGUGAUACCAACCUUCAAGAUGUUGUGUGGAUUUGAGACUUUUGGAUUUCGAUUAAGAAAUGGUAGAAACAAUACUGGGUGUUGAGGCCUUUAUGUGUGUAGCAUUCAUUAGCACAAUUGGGCUUCCCAUCAGCGUGCAGCUGUCUAUGAGACCAGUUGUACGGCCAACCAAUGGACCUUAUUGAGAUUCAAUCUACCCUGACGCUUAACUGACCUCAUGACCAAUGGCUCUCAUACCAGAGGCAUGCCUUGGGUGCUAAAACCUACAAAUUGAACCUUAAAAAUCUGCUACAUCUUCUGUUUACAGUAGCGAUGCUUUAUUUUAUUAAAACUAUACAAUUUUGGCUUAAUUUUUAACAAAUAGCGGGCCAAGAGGCAAAACAUAAAUAAAAUUAACAAAUUUAUUUUGCAAUCGAUAAAAAAGUUUUCUGCUACUUUGAAGACUUCUGUGUUAAAACUUUUAAGCAUUAUUUGAACAUCUGGUGUAGUUCUUUUCUCCAACAAGAUUUUCCAUAUCAUCCAUCUCUUUGUUGCAUAAUUUGAACAGGUAAACAGGAAGUGAUCUGAAUCUGCGUUAGACGCGCCGCACUCACAUGUGUCAUUCUAGAUAAUUCGGUUCCGGUAGAGAUGAGCUGGUAGACUUGAAUUGUUGCUAAUGAGCUUCGAUAAUAUUACAAUCUCUCUUCUACUGAAGUCAUACUGGGCAAACCACGGUUGUAACGAAACGGAAGAUAGAAUAAUUUGACAGUAGUGACCUUUAACUCCAGUAUUCCAUGCUGCCUGCCAUCGUUGUGGACUCGUAAGACGGCACGGGAACAUAUAAGUAUCAGGCGAACUUUGUCUUGAAGCGGCCUUAGCUUCUUGGUCGGCUAACUCAUUCAAAGGAAUUCCACGAUGUGAUGGUACCCAAACUAAAGUUAAUUUGGAUCCUCGAAAUUGAAGGACUUUCACCAUUUCCUUGAUUUCAUACCAAGCUAUUGAAUACGACGAAUUGGCUUUGUAGCUUUGCAAGCUUAUGUUAAGCAGCUCAUGCUGUCGGUCAUAAUAACCUAGUUUCCGUUUGGACUUUCCGAAACUAUUUCAACUGCUUUUCGAAUGGCCAAAAGUUCCGCAGUGUAGGAUACCGAAGUUACUCUUUCGAACCAUCUGUUGCUAGUAAGAAUGUUCCUUGGUAUUUCUCUUCAAUGAAAUUCAUUACAACGUCCGUUGUACUAGCCUGGCUGGGUUGUGCUAAGCGGGCAGCCACCGACAAGUCGACAUCUAUCUCAUAUUUCCGCACAUUUGGUGAAAAUAGAUAGCAUGGAUAUGUUUGUAAGGUAUUCUGUAAAGGAAAGAAAUCGUUUAAAUCGUGGAUGGUUUUUGAAAUUCUGUUGACGCUAAUGCGGAUUCCAGUGUGGAUUGCAUUGGAUUGGAUUCCAAUUUUGUAAGUGAGCUCGUUUGUUGAUAAACCUCAUGAUAGCCAUUUCUCUCAGAGGCAUAAUCCAGCUAGGACUUCUAGUGAUCCGGUAUGUGUAGUUUUGAGUUGACCCUAAACAUACACGAAUACAUGUCCAUUGAAUUUUGUCCCGUUGAUUCAGUUUCGUCAUCAAAAUGGAACCAUAUUCGAUAAUUGAUCGAGCGCCAGCUUCAGAAAUUUUGAGAAGCGAGGAAGGAUGUGCACCCCAGGAUUGUCCUGAAACGCAUCGCAGGAAAUUGAUGAAUGGUGCCACUUUUUUCCUAAUUUGAGAGGUGUGAUAGGUCCAUUUAAGAUGGAUGUGCAUGCCCAGGAGUUUCAUCGUUUUGACGUAUUCCACAGGUUGGCCGUUGAUCAAGAUGUCAGAAGGAAAUUCCGGUUGCUGUGUCGAGAUUAGCAAACACUUACUUUUGGUGAGAAAUAUUUCAAACCCGAAAUCUGAUAUUCCAUAAACUAGUGAGUUCACUGCUGCCUGUAACGCAUCACAGCAUGCAUUUUCAACUGUUCCUCUUUUGGCUAUGGUUGUAUCAUCUGCAUAGUUGAUUUUGAUAACGAUUUGCGGAAUAUUUGGCAAAAGUCUGGUGAUCAUUAUGUUGAAACAGAUUGGACUCAAUUAUGAACCCUGUGGUUACCCUUUCUACGUAGUCCUUGUGAUGGUAUUGGAAUCUCCUACAUCCGCCGAUACAAUUCUUUCUUCGAAUAGGAUGUAUAUGUUGCGGAUAAUACAUUCAGGGAUUUUAUGGGAUGGCAAUGUACUGAUCAGUCAAACUCAUCUUUCACAGUCAAAGAUCUGAAAACUAUUUUCAAAAGCGGAAAAGAUUCGGCACCUGGAAUCGACAAAAUAACAUAUUCAGUUAUUAACCGACUGCCACUUUCGGCUCUUCGACCACUAACAGGAGUUUUCAAUGAUAUACUCAUCUAUGGAAAUAUCCCUCAGGCUUGGAAAAUAUUCAAAAUAAUCAUUAUCCCCAAACCACAACAGAAUAUAGAUUCGGUUUCUGAGGUGCCUCCCAUUGAGCUUGCAUCUUGCUUCCAAAAAGUUUUCGAGUUAGAUACUGAUGAAAGAGAAAUUAGAAUGGUGUAUGAAGAGUAAUUUAAAAUUUCCAGAUGUAAUAAGUGGUUUCCGAAGGGGAAAAGGAACGAUGGAUCCUCUGUUUCCUUUAAUUGAAGAAGAAUCAAGCGCUCUUAGUUGUCAGCAAUAUGUCGUUCCUCUGAAGCAUGGAAAUAAAAAGUGCGUAUGAUAAUGUUGAAAUAGAACUCCUCAUCCAGUAGCAAUGCUUUCGGCAGUUGAAUGUAGACGUCAAAGACUUACGACUACAUCUCAGCUACUUCAACGCUAGUUUUGAGGCCAGCCCAAGCGCAAAGCUUUUUAAGGGCUAUCAGAUCCACCUGUUGCGGCUGUUCAAUGUUAUAUUGAAGGAAGAAAAAAAAACAAAACUUCUCCCUUUCCAAAGCGUGUUGUUGGAAUUCAACAAUUUUCUGGAUUUUGGCAGGUCUAGGCAAAACUUCGAGUAACUGUAGUGACCGAAUUCGGAUGAAACUGAAGUUUUCGAAGUGCCUUGAAUCCGGAACGAAAAUUCAGAGGUCGGCGAGAGAUUCGAUGUACAUGCCCUGCGCUAGAAUUUCCGUAGGUUGCAUUUCGGCACUCAGCGGCGUAACAGGGGGUUACCGAAAUCGUGUUGAUUAAAUGUUUUUCUCCAUCCUUCCUGAAGACGUUUCGUAUCACGAUCUUGGUCGAAGAAAAUUCUUCCGGAACGACUCGAAUUGUCAGUAACACUGAUAGAACUCGCUGCCCCUGAAUCCAGUAAAUGUUGCGGACGAAAAGUUUCUUUUUCUUCGGAUGACCUUCGUGAACCCUUUGAAGACGUUUUCGUCUGGAGCGUCUCCUUGAAAAAAUGAAUGUCGAUGCGCUGGAGCAUUGCAUUAUUGAUAUUUCCUUCGGUCGUUUGCUUGACUUGGUUUCGUCGCCAAAAACUGUAGUGUUUCUAGAUAAGAAGAAAAAAAUAAAAGAGGGCUGAAGUAAAUAUGCCUUUUUUCAAGGAUUAUUAUUAAUGGAAUGGUUCUCGGUCUUAUUUUGGAAGACUGACCUACUUGAUUUAUUUUUUAAUACAUUUUUGUCAGAUAAUAAUUUUCUACGAAAUCUGGCCUGCUUGGCUAAAUAUACCGAAUUUAAAUGCCGUUGUUCAGUUCUGGAAUUUUUUACCAAUAAGGCCGGAAGAAAUUUCAAAUUCUUCUUUUGUCAGCAACCAACACCUCUUCGAUUUUCCGAUAAAUCGAAAAAUAAAGUUUUCGUAUUUUAUUGAAAAAUUUGACUAACGAUUUCCAAAUUAAAAAAUUUUAAAGAGCGACUGUAGAAGCUGUGAAUUUUCUCGCCUUUCAUAUUAAAGUUUUUUUUUUAAUUUUCGAUAAAAAGUUACUCCAUUUUUCGAUUUUUUUUUGUAGGCUCUAUGCAAGUUAGUUGCAUGCAAGCUGCUGUCAAAUUUGUUCCAGUUUAUUGAACAUUCUGAUUAUUUUUUACUAUCAACCCCCCACAUUUAACUCCAAGUGACAAUAGAAGGAUUUCAGAUUUGGAUUUCCGGCCUAAGUAUAACACCGACUGCAGUCUGUAACUCGGAAGUUAUUAGCAGACAUCCAAUACCUAUCAAAAACAAUUUCAAACUCGACUAAAUCGAAACAGAAAUCAACAAUCGAACAGACUAAUCCACCACCACCACCAUACACACACAUUUUCCCCUGUCCCUUUGUACGCCUCACUAACUAGCUAGGUAGUGUAGAUGUGUUUAAACCUAUAUGUGUGUAAUACGUAAUCAUAGAAAAGGCAGCGAAGCUAUAGCGAGAGAGAAAGCGAGAAACAAACAACAUGAAGAAUCAAGAGAACGCAAGAAAAGAAAUAAAGUAGAGAACGGAAAUCGAGUAAAUCUCUGUCUGUGAGAUAGGAUUAUAAAAAAAUUGAUUACAAACAAACAAAAAAAAAACCCGAAAAAAAUAAAUUAAGAAACAAAAAAUGCAAAGAAAAGUAACAUUUAUAUCUAUAUAUUAUAUUAUAAAUAUAUAUAUUUCGAAGAACAAACAAAAAAAAAAACAAAUUGAAAAAAAUCGUUAAUGUGUAGAGUUUUCUUUGUUUUUAAUAUAUGUUUUAAGAUGAGAAUGGCAAAACGCGUGUUCGUCGUGAAGCCUAGUUUUAAAUUUGGUUUUAGGAAACGCAAAAAGCCGUGUUAAACUGGUGUAGUGGUUUUGUUUUAUAGAUAAAAGUGCGUUGAGUGUAUAGUGAUGGAAAGAUACUUAUUUCUAUUUAGUUUAGUGGUAAAAAUAAAAGUUAAAAGGUUGGAAGUUCUUGUUCCACUUUCCACAUCGUACCAUUGAAAUCAAUAUAGUGCUGCCAAGUUUGAUAUUUUACGGCUCACUUUUUCACUGUGAAUCACCCCUCGGCAAAGCGUUACUGGAAUGGAAGAAACGAAACGUAACGCAUCCAAUAAACGUCAACGCGAACGACGGGCCGGGAAACACACAACAACAAUGAGUGCCGUGAAUCUAUGACCAGCUGAGAGAAUCUCAAAUUGACUUGUUUCUGAAGAUAUUCGAAAGUCUCAACUUCAAGAUAAGUAUUUUUAUUUUCGUUAUCCUCAAUUCACUAUUUGCCCAUUUUAACUAUCGAUGGUUAUGGUCAAGCAGCACGGAGUUAGUUAAUCAGCUGAUCGUCAGCUUUUUUUCGCUCAUCAUUUUAAUUAUGCUAGUGAUGAUGAAUUGAAUUUUGGUUUACAUAAACAGUGAAUGUUAGUGAUGUAGUUGUCAUAAUAAUUUAAUUCGGUGGGUUUUUGUUAUGGAACUUGAUGUUCCGUUGAAAAGAUAUUUUAUUUUACUUUUCAUUUUUGAAGUUUGAGAGAGCAUCCGGGUGCAGUGUGUAUGUUGCAAUUUAAGAUUUUUUAGCAGAGGCAUAUCAAUAAUCAAAUUGUUAAUUAGGUUUGACUUUAAAUCAUUUUAUAGUUUUCUUGAAACGUUAAUAACAAAAACAAAUUACCCGAGUUCUAAAUACAAGAGUGAUCAAUUGUUCUUAUUUCGAUGGGGGCUUAGAAUUGUUCAUUGUAUGAAGGGUUUCAGUGAGAGCAUUAGUGUUUAGUCAAAAAUAAUUGUUGCCAAGUAUUGAAUUUAGACGAUUGGGAAUUCUGUGCUGUUCAUGGAAUCUGGUAAGAUCUGGAAUAUGCUAAUCAAAAUAUAAUGAAACUUGUUUUUGGAUUUAAAUACAAACCUAAAUCUUAAACAGUUAACAAAAUUUAAGGACAAUGAGAUGAUUUCUAAGUGGCAAACCUAGAAGAGAAUUAGUGUUUUUUUUUACAAAUUUAUGGAGAAUCAUAAGAGCAACAUACACUUGCACUAGUCUGGUUAUUUUAUCUUAGCAGCUGUUUUUCAAUAAUAUGGGGUUACUCAAUAUUAUUAUAUAUCUGUCCCCCAGUUAAAUAGGAGAUAGCCCAUCAUUGCAAGAGGCAGGUUAAAGAACUUGGAUUUUGUAAAGGCUUGAAAAAAAAAAGAAAACAAAAGGAGUAAGAAAACCUAUGAACGCACUAUUUACCAAAAUCAUCAUCAAAUUACUGAGUUAAUUGUGUUUUUUUUAGGAUUUACCUUUAAACAGUUUAUGAGUGUUCAUAGCAAAAUAAAUUUCGAGAAUAAGAUAGAUAAAAUAAACUUAAUCACACUAGUCAAAAGUGUCUCCUAAUCAUAUCCUACCACCCAAACCUCCAAACCAAAAUUGUUUUGCUAGGAUGCAGAGGUAACCUCGGUCCUAAAGCAUGAUUUUAUAUUCUAUCAUCCCUUUCUCUUAUUUUCCUCUCUAUCUAUUGACUACUAGGACGUGGCCAGCGCCGUUAUUGAUGUGCAUAGAGAGAGCAUCAGUUUUGGACAUUGUGAAUGUGCUGUCAAUCCCAGACACCAUUCUUUUGACCUCUGGACAAAACUGAUGGCCUCGGUCAAUCACGGAGUAGCAACCAUUGGUGAUGUGGAAUGAUUUCUACUGAGCCACGCUUGUGAUCAUGGUUUUCGAAAUGCUUUUAUUGAAGGAAAUAAUAGACACACAAUGAUACAUUUGAUUGAUAAUUAGAAGAAUAAUACAUUUUUUCGAAGAAUAUCAUUUUGUAAAAAUUAGCAAAGCAGCAUUUCGAGUUCAAUGAUUCAGGUGGAUGUGAGUAGUCAAACAAGCUAAGCUAAGCUAAGCUAUGUUUUAAGAUGAGAAUUAGGCGAGAGUCGGAGUAAAAAAAAACGACAACCGUAGAAAACAAACAAACAAACAAAAACAAAACAAGAAUCCCGCUUUCUAUAUACAACAAACAACAUACAAAACAUUGAAAAAUACACAUACUCUUACACACACACAAUGAAACACAAACACAUCGGUCAGAAAAAAAGAAGGUAAAAACCAACACACACAUACUGAUAUACCUUCUAUUGUGUAUGGGUGCGCGUAGCGCAGGAGUAGUUGUACUUGUAAAAUGGUGAUGUAUGUGCGCUCUCGAAUGUCGAACGAAUGUCUCAAAACUGCGUGUGGACGAAAAUGUGUGAGUGAAUGAAAGUCGAUGUUGUAUAGAAAGAGAGAAAGAGCGAAAAGUGUAGAAAGAAGGAGGUGGAGAGCAAAAGUUCUUUUUCGUUUCGUUUACUCUCCGAUUACUCUUGCUCUCCUCUCCUGUUUGCUUGUGCUGAAGAUAACAAAAAAAGCCUUCCGCGGUGUAGAAUGUGAGCUGAAUUUUCAGCUGAACAAAAAGUUCGUUCGUACCAAUAUUGAAAACAAAAACAGUAAAAUUGUUUUUUUUUGUAGUGCGUGUGCAAGUACAAUUAAAUGAGCGCCAUUUUCCACCUCUUAGAAAAACAAACAAAGGAAGAAGGAAAAAGAAAACAGAAACAAUAGAACACUAAACACACAAUUAUACAACAACAAAUAUGAUUAACAAAACAAAAAAUAAACCCUAGUAAUUAUAUAUUAUUAAAACAAAACAAAAAAACAAAAAGCUAGAGCUGUGGUCGUCAUUUUUACACUAGCAUUUUUCAAAUUGAUGAGAGAGGACAGACAAGUAAGUAGUAAGUGGUAGAAUCGAAGCAAAGCGAAGAAUCGCGUUAAUAGGAGCGUAUAACCAAUACAAUAUGAUGAAACACGAAAAAAAGAUUGUGAUGAAUUUCGCUGACGAAAAGUUAAAAAAGAAGAGAGAAACAAACAAACAAACAAACGGUGAUAUUGGGAGUCGCGAGACAAAGCAAAGAGAGAGAUUUUUUCUUGUUCUGCGAAGUAGAAUGGAAUGGGACGAAGAGAGAGAAUUGAGAGUUUCUAUUUGUUGAACUUGGCCGCCCGUAGUUGUUGUUGUUGUAGAAGUGGAAAUAUUCCACUUCACGCACACACAGACAAACUUUAGUUAUGCAGGAUUGCUGAGGAGACAAAAUGGCAGCAAAACCAAGCUCAAAUCUUCGCUAGACAUGAUACAUAAAGCAGGAGGGUGUGUAGGAACGCUAUGGAAUGUUAGGAUCUAUAUAACAAUUACAAAACAAAACAAAAGCAGUGUUAGAAUAGAUAGGUGUUAGGAAAACAAACAAAUGAAGUCAUCUCUUUCUAAUUGUAGCUUGUUUUUUUUUCUCCAAACAAAACAAAUAAGAAUGUCCUACUCCAUUUUCAUUUUACAAAAAAAAACGUGUAUGUACUACAUCAUUCUAUAUACAAAUUCAACAGUCACAAACACACGCAGAGACGAAACCAUCCAUUUGUUGGAUAAGAACACACACACAAACACAUAAAAACCCACACUCACGCAAAACUAACAUACAGAUAAUAUAACAAUAUUACCUCUGUUAAUCAAUGAAAAAUAGAAAAAGCAAACCUUCGAUGGAAAAAACAGUAAACAAAAGAACUAAACAUUUGUAUACAGAUAUUCAAUCAAUAGUAGGAAAAACACAUUUCUCAAACCAACUACAAAAUAAUAAAGGAAAAAAAAACAAAACAAACAACAAAAGGGAAAAACUAGCCUCGUUUAGUAACAAUUUUCUCUUUGAGCUACAACACGAGAUAAAAAAAAAACAACAGAAAAACAAGUCGACAUUAAAAAAAAACAAGUAAACAACAAAAAUCUUUUCUCUCAAACAAAAAUGAAGAGCUCUUGCGAAAAUGUAGUGGAAUCUAUAAACAUCUGUCGAAGUUAUCAAAAAAAAAACCACUUGUAGAGCGCAAAUCGGUCGCUUAAUAUUUUUUUCCGAAAACUAAAAAUUCUUUUUUUUUUCAUUUGAAAUUGUAACAACACAUUUCAACUUUCUGAGUUCUUGAAAUCCUAGGAAAAAAUAAUACUCGUCGGUUUCUUUUCCCCCACCCCAUUUGAGAAAAAAAAACUCUUUCAAUCAGUCUUUCCAGCAGCAGCAGCACAUAAAUAUGUAACAAAAACUGUAGUAAAUUUAAAACAGAAUAAUAGUAAAUGAACUCCCCUUUUGAUGAAUCUAGCAAAACAUCUUCUGAUAAAACGAAACGAAGCAAACAAAACAUACGAGUGUAGCUAUUGAAAUGAAUCAGUGACAAACAAAAUUAUUGAAAUAAAAUGAAAGUAAUAAAAAAAUAUCACAAUACACACUCACAAAUUGUUAUAGCUAGGGACUUGUUGAAAAAAAAAAUGGAAAAACACGUUUUGCAUGGACUGACUGAUCGCUAGAAAAAAAAAUUGAAUUAACUUAUAACCGGAUACAGAACUGAUGAGAGAAAAAAGUAAACAAACAAAUACACAAAAAAAACAA